AUGGCCGAGCCGGUCUCCAGCAUAAUUACCAUCGCAACGGUUGGGCUGGCCCUCGUCCGAGCAUGCAAGAACUAUAUCGAAGCGGUGCGGGAAAUCGACGACUUGGUCGACCGACUCCUCGAAAGAAUAACAGAGUUGCAUGGAGUUGUACGCCUACUCAACUCGAAGUACCAUCAAGCUGAGCCCGAUGGCAAUAGCGAGCCGUCAAUCUUGGUGCGUGAGAAGAUCGCGCUAUGUCGCGAUCGUCUUAGAGAGAUCAAACGCAAAAUAGCAGAUUUGGGACUUCAAAGCAAAAGUGCGGAGACCUUUCUCGACAAGGCCUCUGUGAAACGAAGAAUGGACACAGUAGCCAAGGAUAUCGAAUUCGCGGUAGAUGACAUUCGACGAUACCUCGGAGAUAUUGUCCUUGUCACCGGAGCCUGCUCAUAUCUUGAAGUCAGCUCCUAUAUUCGCCGCGUUUCCGAGAGCUCAGUACCACAACCCAUAGCGUAUGUCAGCAAAGAGGAUCGGUCAGCUCAAGAUGACCUCGUCUCACUUGAUCGAUGGUUCUCAAAUACGGACACUAUCUCAGAUCCAGCACACCUCCGCAGAGGGUCCAAUCCGACAUCACCACCGCGUUUCUCUGUCUCCUCGUCCUCUUCGAGCGCUCUUCUUACACAAUCCGACGACGACGAAAGCAUUCUCUCUAAACAAACCUUCGGCAUCUCAAAGCCAGAGGAAGACUGGAAAGUCUUCCACCGCAGAGUGGUGCAGUGCAAAGAUGACUCCGCCCUCGUCGCAGAAAUCCAUUCGAUAUUGGAACAGCACCCAGAGCCUACCACUCUCGUAAACAUUUUGGGGGACCAUCAACGCGCUCCCCUUCACCUCGCAGCGCAGCGUGGCUAUGUCAAUCUAGCUCGCAUUCUCCUCGUAUUCGGCGCCGAUAUCAACGCCAAAGACACCGAACCUGCCUCCGUGCUAGAUCAUGCCGUCGCACACAAUCAAGUAGACUUCAUUACACUCAUAUUGGAUAUGGGUGCCGACGAGUCAGCAAUACUGGAACGGAACAAGAAUCAGUUGGAGCAUAAAAAGGCUGUCAUUGCGCUUAGAAAGGCGCGGCAGCAAAAAUUUGGGAAGGAGGCUUCCGAAGGCACCAUAACGCUUCAUGACGACGAACCUGCCAUGGUCAGUCUCAUGAUUGAGUUUCUUCAUGAAGGCGACUACGACGCCACUUUUUGGAAGAUUGAUGCGCGCACAAAGGAUCUGACAUGGAUCAGAAGUUACGGCAGCAACCCGUACGCUAGUUGCGAAAGUAUCGAUCAACACGACCCCUACAGUGUUGAUGACAGUUCGAGCUUGCUCUACGGAGAAGCAUCACCAGCCGCUGGCGCUAUAUCUUCAUCUACCUCGCGGAAACGGAAGCCUCAAACAUCACCAGACCUCCACCCGGAUCAGAUUACCCAGAAACGACGGAGGAUACUUCAUGUCAUGCCAAAGGGCUCAGGCCGAGCGCUCUACCACACGCCAACACCUCGCCACAUGUUGCUACACCUCCAACUCUGGGAAGUCGCAGACAAGUACCUGGUACCCGACCUACAGGCGCUAUAUGAUUGA